AUGCACAGGGUUUUCAACUUCACUCAUGGGCCCUCAAUCGCAAAAAGAAAAACCCUUAUCUACGACACCGACAUCUCCACCAAGGACAAGCCAUCCACCAAGGGCAAGGCCUCUACUAAGGGCAAGGCCUCUACUAAGGGCAAGGCCUCUACUAAGGGCAAGGCCUCUACCAAGGGCAAGGCCUCUACCAAGGCCAAGGCCACCACUGAUGGUGAGGGCUCUGCCAAGGGUAAGGCCCCCACCAAGGCUAAGGCCUCCACCAAGGGUAAGGUCUCUACCAGGGGUAAGGUUACCACCGAUGGUGAGGGAUCCACCAAGGGCAAUAAUUCUCUCAAGGGCGGGGCCACAGCUAGUGGCAGGACCUUUACCAAAUACAAAACCUCCACCAAGGGCAAGGCCUCUACCAAGGGCAAGGCCUCUACCAAGGGCAGGAUUAUCAGUGAUGGUGAGGGAUCCACCAAGGGCAAUGCUUCCCCCAAGGGCAAGGCCAUGGCCAAUGGCAAGGCCUUUGCCAAAUACAAAACCUCCACCAAGGGCGAGGCCUCCACCAAGGGCAAAACCUCUACCAAAGGCAAGCCCUCAGACGAUACCAAAGAAGAGUCAAUGGUGGAGGAAGAGACAUCCAACAGUGGCUUAGAUGCCAAUGUCCCACCCUGUUUGCCAGUCCCAGCUAGAAGUUACAGUCGGAAUUCUAGUCUCGUUGACAUCAGAACAAUGUCAGAGGAAGAGCUCAAUGAUAUCUGCCAUUCUGCACUAGCUGGCAGGAUAUUUGACAGAUUUGGAGACUCCAUAUUUUUUGAUGAUAAUGAGUAUGAUUCUAGAGCACUGCCUCUACCAGACAAGGAUGAGAUUAUGCACCAUAUCCUGCAAGGAGAUUCGAUGCACAAUGGUAGAAGCUAUCGUUCUGGGACUAACCCAUUCUCAAAGCUUAUGGUCGAUCUGUUGGAUCCCCACCCUCACCAAUGCCUUGUGACUAGAGAAUUAGAUUGGGAAGAUGAAGUAGAAUAUUGCCAUCUUCUCGACUGGUCCAACUAUACAAAUUAUGCAUUGCUCAUAGCAUUCGAGUACUCUCUUUGA